GGAAGCGUAGCGCACCAAACACCAGCAUGCUUCGAAACUCUAGCAUCGAGCACUCCACCAACUCUCCGGCAUGUCUGCGGAAGCUUGGCAUCUAACUCGUUCCAUCUCCACACUACUGCGAUGCCAGUCGCCUUUACGUCUCGUGAGACCCUCUCCAGAAGGCGGGUCUGA